UUUUACAAUAUCAAAUUAUUAAAGAUAUCUGAUUUAAUAAGCGAAAGGACAUCAGCACGGUCAUUUUUUAUUGUUGCACACAGACAUCCACAUGACAGCAGCAGCGUGUGUCCUUACUGACUUCUGAGGGAAUAUACAGAAAUACUGCUGAUGGUGAUCCAGGCAUGCGUGAUGUUUCUGCGCUCGUGUUCGCUGGCCGUGAGACGGAGCUGCACUCAGACGCUCCUCACCGUCAGACCCAUCAGCACCACCUGGACAGCCAGGAAAGAUGCGGCCGAGAAGCUGGACCUGGAUGUGUGGAAGUCCGUGAUGAAAUCUCAGGCGCUGGAUCCGAGCCCGAGUCCGUCAGCGCUGGACGUCAACCGCGAGCUGGUGGAGAUGUGGCAUCAGGCCGGGAAGUUUGUUCCGAAGAACAUCACGGACGAGCAGCUGGAGGAUCUCGCCGCGCUGACCACCAAAUCCGCCAAGAGGAAGUUCCUGAAGUUUCUCGCUAUUAAAGAAGCGCACAAGAUCUCCAAGAAGGAGAAGCAGGAUAAGAAGAAGUCCGAGAGGGACACGGACGCAGAAACAGAGGAGCGAGAGGAGCGAGAAGGACUCAAGAACACCUUCCUGAUGAAGUUCUGGAACAGCUCCAUGGAUCGGCUGCAGAACUGGCGGGCGGCGCAGGCCAUGCGCUUCGGUCAGCCGCUGGUGUACGACAUGAGCUACGAGCAGCACAUGACGCGGCGGGAGAUGGAGAACACCGUGUCGCAGCUGCUGGAGACGGAAGGCUGGAACCGCCGCGCCACAGACCCGUUUCACCUGCACUUCUGCGGCCUGCAGCCGGGGGGCGCCUAUCACCGCGAGCUCCUCAAACGCUACGGAGAGGAAACCUGGGAACGGCUGCUCAUCACGGCCACCGCGCGCCGACCCGUGGAUGUGUUUCCCCACGAGGAUCUGGUCUACCUCACGGCCGACUCGCACAACGUCCUGCGCACCUUCGACCACGGGAAGGUGUACGUCGUGGGCGCGAUGGUGGACCGCUCCAUUCACUCGGGCGUUUCGCUGGCCAACGCCAAACGCCUCAAGCUGGCCACGGCGCGCCUCCCGCUGGACGAGUAUCUGGACUGGGACUCGGGCGCCAAGAAUCUGACCCUGGAUCAGAUGAUCCGCAUCCUGACCACGGUUAAAGACACGGGCAGCUGGAAGGAGGCGCUGGAGUUCGUGCCGAAGAGGAAACACUGCGGCUUUCAUCAGCGCCAGAAGACCGGAGCACAUGUGAGAACUGUAAAGACUCAAUCCGUCCGUGAUGAACCUGCUGCUCCUCGAGGGCAGAAGAAUAAAACAGACGGACACAAAAGAAAGGAAAGAAAGACGUGGUGGGAGGAAGAAGGUUAAAAAUGUAAUACUGUUUAUUUCCCUUUAAUUGAGUUAUUGUGAGUCAAUAAAAAUGAUUUCAGGUGCCUCUUAU